AUGUAUCAAUCAAACAGUUUAGUUUAUGUACAAUGUAAUCGGAAUGCAUUUUUUGAUUUAAAUGAUUAUAUUCCAAAUCCGGAAAUAUGUUCAUGCGCAAAUGAAAAUCGUACAAAUUGUCGUAAUUAUUAUUGUGUUAAUUGGACAAGAGGUGUUGAAUGUUCACCUGCAUGUCCAAUGGGUAUUGAUUGUUCAAAUCGACCAAUACAAAUGAUUAGUAAUGAAGAUAAUUUAGAAAUUUUUAUAACUAAACAUUGUAAUUUUGGUGUAAAAACUAAUAUUUCAUUUGAUAGAGAUACAUUUAUUGCCGAAUAUAAAGGUGUUAUUCGUUCAAAUAAUGAUCCAUUAUUAUCGGAAAAUUAUUCAAUGGAUCUUGGUCGUACAACAGCAAUCGAUGCAUCAUUAUGGUGUAAUAAAAUAAGAUUUUUAAAUCAUUCUUGUUUACCGAAUGCAAAAUCAUAUUUAUUUGCUGUUGAUGGUCAUUGGAGAUUGGCAAUAUUUUCAAUGCGAAAUAUUUCGGUUGGUGAAGAAUUGACUAUUGAUUAUGGUCCGAAUUUUGAAGAAAAUCAAGAAAUUUGUUUCUGUCAAUCACCAAAUUGUGCAGGUAUUAUUGGUGGUAAUAAGAAUUUUGAAUUUGAAAUGGAAGAUUGGCAAUAUCCAUUAAGUGAAAAAGCAUAUAAUUUACAAAAAAUUUUUAAUGAAAAUUAUGCUGAUAAUAUUCCAAUUUAUUGAAUCAAUACAUCAAAACAUCAAAACAUCAAAACAUCAAAAA